AUGUAUAUAGUGUCGACUGCUGUAUAUCUUGCUGAGGUUGUAAAAAUUAUAGCAUGUCUUGCUGUAAUUUUGUAUCAAAAGAAAUCUUUUAGUAGGUUUCUUUAUGUGGUAAGAAAAGAAAUUCUAGGACAACCUCAUGAAACUAUAAAAAUGUUUAUACCUUCAGCACUUUAUGCAUUACAGAACAACUUAUUAUACAUAGCAUUAUCUAAUCUUGAGGCCGCAACUUUUCAAGUAACUUAUCAAAUGAAAAUUCUUUCCACUGCUAUAUUUUCUGUUGUGCUUCUACACAGAUCAUUGAGUAGAGGUAAAUGGUUUGCUCUUGUACUUUUGAUGAUUGGUGUUACUCUGGUACAAUUACAAACAGUUAGUACGGUCAAAGUUUCUCCAAAAGUUGUUGCUGGUGCUCACACCAGCUUAACCGAAAUUGAUCAACAAUCAAUGAAUAAUACUGAUAUUGAAAAAGAUUCAACGCCUCCUUCACCUGCUCAAAUACUUUUGGCUGCUCAAAAUCCAAUAAUCGGUUUAAUUGCUGUUAUCACUUCAUGUGUAUCAUCAGGAUUUGCCGGUUGCUACUUUGAAAAAAUUUUAAAAACUUCUGAAACUAGUAUGUGGGUUAGAAAUAUCCAACUUGCAAUCACUGGUGCUUUAUUCUCUCUUAUUGGAAUGAUAUUUUAUGAUUUUGGGGAAAUCAGGGAAGGUGGUUUCUUACAAGGCUAUAAUUCCUUAACAUAUAUGGUAGUGGCAAAUCAAGCAUUAGGUGGUCUUCUUGUAGCCAUAGUUGUAAAAUACGCCGAUAAUAUCCUUAAAGGCUUUGCAACCUCAUUAUCUAUUAUAAUAUCUGGAAUCUUUAGUUUUUAUUUCUUUGAUUUUCAUCCAGAUGCACAAUUUACAAUUGGCGCAAUUAUCGUUAUGAUUUCAACUUAUCUAUAUGGUAAACCAGUAAAGGCUACACAACUGAAAGCUGCAGCUCAUUGA